CAUCAUCUUGUCGCCGUUCAGCGUGGGUACCGCAUUGGCCAUGACGCUGGCGGGAGCGGCCGGCGACACCGCGAAGCAGAUGCGGAAGACGCUGGGCCACGCGGAGGACGCCGAGGACGUCCACAGCGGCUACCAGAGCCUGCUGACGUCGCUGGAGAACGUGCCGGACGCGGCGCUGAACACCGCCAACCGGCUGUACCUGCAGAAGUCCUUCAAGGUGCGGGACAGCUUCGCGACGACGCUGAAGGAGCGCUACCGGAGUGAGGCGCUGAGCGUGGACUUCGCCGACACCACUGGCACCAGCCGCGUCAUCAAUGAGGAAGUGGCCCGCCUGACACGGGGCAAGAUCCAGGACCUGGUGCCGGCUAGCUCGCUGUCCGCCGCCAUCCGCCUCGUCCUCGUCAACGCCGUGCACUUCAAGGCCGGCUGGCAGCACAAGUUCAACAAGGAGUGGACGGAGGAGGGCGACUUCUUUGCGCCCGGAGAGACCCUGCGCGUGAAGCUGAUGACCCUCGACGGCAAGAUGCUGCAGGGCAGCAACGACUGCGGCGGCCUCGGCUGCCAGGCCGUGGAGCUGCCGUUUGUCGGCUACCGGUUCAGUAUGCUACUGUUGCUGCCGCGCGAGAAGGAGGGCCUGCCUGCGCUGGAGGCGCGUCUGGCGAAGACCGACUUCGCCGCACUUCGCGCUUCGCUGCACAGCCUCCGCUCUCGCGUCGUGCUGCCGCGCUUCCGUCUGGAGACGGGCAUGGAGCUGCGCGGGGCGCUCGAGCGCCUCGGCAUGAGCGACGCCUUCGACGGCAAGCGAGCCGACCUGUCCGGUAUCGCCGGUGCGCGCGACCUGGUCGUCGACAGCGUGCUGCAUCGCGCCUGUAUCGCCGUCGAUGAGGAGGGCUGCGAGGCGGCGGCGGCCACGGCCGUCAUGGUCGGCGUCAUGGCCAUUCUCGCGCCGGAGCUGCUCGACUUCCGCGCCGACCAUCCGUUCUUGGCGGCGGUUGUCGACCGUGAGACGGGCGUGCCUUUGUUCCUCGGCCGUGUGGCCCGUCCGUGAGGCAUGAGGAAGGUGCUGGGAGGGCGAGGGUGGAUCCCAGACGCCGCCUUGGGGAGCACGUCGGCUUGGGUUGAAAUCCCAAAAGUCUUCUUGCCUUCGAAAUUCAUCGGCUUUCGGUCCAAUUUUUC